AUGACAAUACCAUCCUACUUUAGCAACACCACUACCCUCAGCCUUCAACAACUGCUUCUCCUUUCUCUACUCACCACCAACUACACCCAAGACUCUCCCAACUACCAAAACCCACACCACCAACACAACAUCAUGGAGUCCAUCUUCAUUGCCCAGUCCAAGCUCCGCGCCGAGCUCGGCCUGCACAAAGUCAAGGCCAUCCCCAACAGCAAGUUCCAGCGCCAUGGCACCAAGGCCUACGCUUCUGCCAUCAACCGCUAUGGCCUCCAGCCCACCAAGCCAGGCCCUCUUACUUCCGGCAAGAUCCGCGACCCGAGCACCAACUGGACCUCUGGCAAGUUUGCCGUGGGGGCCAUACGCGACAUGUGGACCUCUCUCGUUGAGAAGACGGGAGACAACAAGCCGGGAGAGGUUGGGGCCCAAGACCAACAAGGUGACAUGGAGUACCUUUGCGAGGUGUUGAUCGGUACCCCUCCUCAGAAAGUCCUGUUGGACUUUGACACUGGCUCUGCCGACCUCUGGGUUCGUCCGGAUGCUUUCAAGAACGAUCAGUCCAGCACCUUCGCACCUAUGCACAACAAAAGCUGGAAGAUUGAGUACGGUGAUGGCAGCUCUGCGUCCGGCUUUGUUGGCCAGGAUACCAUCUCCAUUGGUGGCCUCGUCAUCAAGAAACAAGCGGUUGAGGUGGCCAAGCAUGUGUCCUCUCAAUUCAGCCAGGGCGUCAUGGGCGGUCUCCUUGGACUGGCUUUCAAGCAGAUCAACACUGUACACUCGACCAUGGGCAUCCGCGAUCCUCAGCCAACCCCAGUCGACAACAUGAUUGAGCAGGAGGAUAUCCCCAAGGAAGCCGAGCUAUUCACAUCGGCCUUUUAUAGCUCUCGUGAUCUCAAGCCCGAGUCUUUCUAUACCUUUGGCUGGAUCGAUCAAGAUCUGGUCAAGAAAUGCGGAGAGGAGAUCACCUGGGCCAAGGUGGACAACUCUCAGGGUUUCUGGAUGUUCGACAGCACGAGUGCCAGCGUUGAUGGUGACAAGAUCGAACUGUCUGACAACAAGGCCAUUGCUGACACUGGCACUACCCUCGCGCUCAUCUCAGACGAGGCUUGUGACGCUCUGUACAAGAAGAUCGACGGAGCUGCCUACAGCGAGAAGUACCAGGGCUAUCUCAUCCCCAAGUCUAUCAAGGUUGACAGUCUUCCAGAGUUUAGCGUGGCUGUCGGUGGGAGAGAGUUUGUCAUCCAGAAAGAGGAUCUCAUUUUUGCGGAAGCCGAUGAGAGCAAUUAUUACGGCGGUGUCCAGUCGCGCGGUUCCAUGCCGUUUGAUAUUCUUGGAGACACGUUCUUGAAGUCCAUCUACGCUAUUUGGGACCAGGGCAACUCGCGCUUUGGUGCCGUUCCCAAGAUCGAGAAGGAGCAGAAGGCUCCCGAGCCAUCCAAGGACGGUGAUGGUGCGCAGAAGGUGAUUUGCACGCUCGACAAGAGCCCUGCCAAGAAGUCGGUCUGCAUCGCCAAUUCUGCCUUCGUCUGCCCUUCUGAUUGCUAG